UUUAAAUACGGCCACUUUCACUGUAACGCCACAACUUCAGCUUUCAAGAUGGCGCCGCCUGUAAUUGAGACAUGCCAUGUUGCUUGCUGUGCAAACAGGACACCAAAUGUUGUUUCUUGGAGUCGUGGAUGGACAAUUGCGUUUGGGACAUGCAACUCGGUGGCUCUGUACGACCCACAGGAGAGAAGAGUUGUCACGGUGCUGAAUGGACACACAGGCAGAGUAAAUGCAGUCCAGUGGGUUCACAGAGAGGACUGUGCUCCAGAGAGUCACCUUGUGUCAGGAGGCUCAGACAAUCGCCUCAUUGUGUGGGAGGCUCAAAAUGGGAAGUUCAUCCAGUCGGUGGAGUGUAAGGGCCAUACCGGUCCAAUUUGUGCUGUGGAUGCCAUCUACGUCAACUAUCCAAAGAUCCUGGUGGCCUCCUCAGCAUCAGACUCCACAAUCAGACUGUGGCUCUGCAGUGAUGCCAAAGACGCUGAGUGCCUUCAUACCCUAUCAUUCGGCAGCGGUUUCAUGAUGGAUGUCUCUCUGGCGCUGUUACCAGGCAGCAGAGUUCCCAUACUCUCCUGCGGGGGCGAUGAUUCACGGGUGCAUCUGUAUGUGCAGUCUGACAAACAGCUGAAGAAAGCCAUGACACUGCAAGGACAUGAGGACUGGGUCCGUGGAGUGGCAUGGGCAUCUAGAGGUGGGGAGCUGUUAUUAGCCAGCUGUUCACAGGACUGUCUCAUCAGAGUGUGGAGGCUGUGUGCCAAGUCUGGGACAGACGCCCGCACAGAGGACGAUCACACCAUCAUCAAAAUGAAAGAGGACGUUUUUGAAGUGAAGGAGAGAGAUGUGUCCUCGUCGUUUGCUGUGUCUCUUGAGACGGUCCUGGCAGGCCAUGAGAACUGGGUCUAUGGAGUCCACUGGCAGCCUGCUUUCUACAAAGGCAGCGAGCUGCAACAGCCUCUCAGUCUGCUCUCUGCUUCCAUGGACAAAACCAUGAUCCUCUGGGCUCCUGAGGAGGGAUCUGGAGUCUGGGUGGAGCAGGUGCGUGUAGGGGAGGUUGGUGGCAACACUCUGGGUUUCUAUGGCUGCCAGAUGAGUCCGGAUGGCUCCAUGAUCAUUGCUCAUGCUUUUCAUGGAGCAUUACAUCUCUGGUGCCAGGACCAAGACAAAGAGGGAGAGUGGAGGCCUGGGGUUGUGAUAUCGGGUCACUUCGAUGCAGUCCAGGACCUGAGCUGGGAUCCUGAGGGGGAUUUCAUCCUCAGUGUGGGCUCAGACCAGACCACCAGACUCUUUACUCCAUGGAGGAAACAAGAUGGCAAAAAGGCAACCUGGCAUGAAAUCUCACGGCCACAGAUCCAUGGAUAUGACAUGCAGUGUCUAGCGAUGGUCGGGAGGUUUCAGUUUGUGUCUGGCGCUGACGAGAAGGUCCUGCGGGUGUUUCAAGCACCUCGUAAUUUUGUGGAGAACUUUGCUAACAUUUCCGGGGUGUCGAGAGAAAAGCUGUUAACAUCCAGUGACUGUGCCAACCUUCCAGAAGGAGCCAGCACACCUGCUUUGGGUUUGUCCAACAAGGCUGUAUUUCAAGGUGACCUUGUCACAAAAACCAAAGAGGAUGGGGAGCAAUUCAACAGAGUCUCUGACCAAUACCAGGAGUCUUACUUCCACCCGCUCAGCUUGACUGAGCCCCCACCAGAGGAUCAUCUUCUCCAGAACACACUCUGGCCUGAGGUCCAGAAACUGUACGGACACGGCUUUGAGAUGUUCUGCCUCGCGUCUGACAGCGCCAGGACGGUUGUGGCGUCCGCGUGCAAGGCAUCUAAAGCUGAACACGCAUCAGUGCUGCUGUGGAGUACAUCAACGUGGCGCCAGGUUCAGACACUGCCGUGCCACACCCUUACCGUCACCCAGAUGGCCUUCUCCCCCGACGCACAACUGCUAUUGGCUGUUUCCCGUGAUCGCACCUGGUCUUUAUGGAGACGCAACCCAUCCACCCCUGAUAGCCCAGAGCCCCAGUUCUCGCUGCACGCACACACGGGGAAGGACACGGCCAUACACAGCCGAAUCAUCUGGUCAUGUGACUGGAGCUCUGAUAGCAAAUACUUUGUGACAUCCAGUCGGGACAAGAAGGUGAUAGUGUGGGGACCGUGCAGAUUAGAGGGCUCCGGAGACCCUGCGACCCUUCAUGAGAUUAAACCGUGUUCUUCCAUCUUGGAUGUGGGCGAUUCUGCCACUGCUGUAGCUUUCUGCCCCAUACUCUGCUCUGAUAACAGCUACCUGAUCGCAGUGGGUCUGGAAUGUGGAAAGAUUAUGCUGUACAGGUGGAGCCCUGGCCAGGAGACUGCAGGAGGACAUGACUGGGGCAGCUGUGCAGAAACAGACACCUCACAAAGCCACUCUUUGGCGGUCAAGAGGCUCGUCUGGAGGCCCAGAGCGGGCCGAGCAGGUCGAGAGAAGGAUGGACAGACUGACAGAGAGAAUGAACUCGAAGAGGAGAGCUCCUGGGUCCAGCUUGCCAGUGCCAGCGCCGACCACUCUGUCAAAAUCUUCAACAUCAACAAACUGGCUCUUUAGCACCACCAACACUGACACUAUUAUGUCUCUCACACGCAGAGAGACACUUGGACUGAGGGCCACAGGCCUUACUGGGCCACCAAGGCCACAGCUGCUUGCUGGCAAGCCAUUCACUCCCUGUGACAGCCAGUUAAGUCAUGGGUCAGUCGUAGGACAUACCCACAGCCCGCAUGCCCCACAGUCUGUCUGCACACAGUUGAACAGAUCUGAUGGGUGGAAGCAAGAUGGUGAAAACACCAUGACCUUAGGAUGCUAUUUUGCUGAGACAUUUCUGUGUUUUAGAUUCAGUGAAGAAGCGGCUGCUGGAUAUCUAUACAGAUCACAUACUUAGACAGGUUAUCCAAUUAAACAUUUAUACGGUGAACUCUAUUAUUUUCAGUAACAGUUUAAGAAACUGAUCAGGUCAUUAUGAUCAUCCUUUCUCUGCAGUUGUUAGGGAUGUCAUUAAUCACACAGCUUUUAUGGUGUUUUUGUUUGCCUUGUGACCAAUUAAUUAAAUGUUUUUUGUACCCACA